AAUGAAGUUACCAUGGACAUUCUGUUUGACACACCGUGUAGUUUCAAAAGGAAAUCACGAUAGUGAACAAGAAGAGGAUAACGACGAUGAUAAAGGAGGAAGUUCCAAAACAAAGUGGAAGAAAAUGUGGUCCAGACUAAAGUUGAGGAAAACAAAAAGAAGAGGUGAUAAAAGAACUGAAAGAAACAUUUCCGUAGCGAGUAACAUUCCAGUUUCACAAAGAUCGACUUCAUCUAGUUCAACAGGAUCAACACCAAGCACAUUAGUUCCUGAAGACAAAACCAUAUCUUCUGACCACGCCGUUGUAUCAAGACAAUCAUCCUAUUCGAAUUGCAGUUCUAUCCCUGACGAAGGCAAAAGCCAUCUGUGUUGGGAAACGGAAACGGAAGAGAUGAAUGAUGAACCGGAACGUAUGUCAAAAAGCAAGAAAAGAAGACAGAGAAGAAGAAAUGUUCUUAACAGAAGCACUUCACAUGAAAAUCGGAGUUGUGCUGUUGUGAAAGACCUGACCCAAGAAACCAUUGCGGAAAAUCCAGAGGAGUCCACCAAUGAACAAGAAAUAGUAUUAUCGCCUCAAGAAGAACCUCAUAAGAACAUCGAAAGCCUUAAACUAAAAAGAAUUGAACAUAAAUAUAAAGUGGAAUCUCCAAAAGAACUUAAAAUAGAUGAAAAGGUCAAGUCUAAAGACAAGAAACUGAUGGUAAAAAGUAAAAGUUUGGAUGAUGACGACUACCUAAAAAUUCAAGAAUUAUCGGAAGUUAGUGAGAGUGAAGAUUCCAAACCACACCCAUUAAAUGUCGUUAUAUCAGAAGCGUCGUCGGACGAAAAUUUAUUGGACGAUUCCGAUUCCGAUACUCGUAAAAGUAAUCGAACUACACUUAGUUCAAUUUCGUUAAUACUAAAUGACGACAAUCAUAUAGAAUCUAAAUCAAACAUUAGUCCUGAAGAGGAACAAAAACUGAGAACAUUUUUAGGCGAACUGAACUUAAUUGAUACACCCGAAGACUCGGCGAAAGAUUUACUAGAUCGAACUAGUCCAUCUACGGAUUCUUCAAAACACAAAAAAAUCCAAACGCGUAAAGAAUUAGAACAAUAUUUUAUGCCCAUAGCACAGAAUCCGCGGUUUUUAGAUGCAAUAUCGGAAGAAACUAGCGACAUAAGCGACAAAGAAUGUCAAACUAAUGCGCAGGUAGAUAAGAAUCCUAAACAAGGUACUCCAGAACAAGACGAGAGACAAAAACCCCCUCCUAUACCCCCAAGAAGAAAUAGAAGUAAACUACUAAAAAGAAACAUAAAUCAAUCUGAAUUGUCAAGUGCAAUUUUAGUAGAAACUAAAAUUUUAGAACCUCUCAAACCACAAGAAACUGAUGAUGAAGAUACAUUGAUCUGUAAUACAACAACUUUACCAGAAAGUUUUGAAAACGCCGAGAGAGUUUAUAUAAGUGAGUCAAGUGAUUCCUCAUUAUCUGGUAAUGAACAGAUCGAAGAAAAUGGUACACUAAGUGUUGAAAAAGUAGAUAAACCUGAUCGUAUAGAAAAUAAUGACACUCAUACAAAUGAGUGCUCUGAAGAAGAAACAGAAACAAAAACAGAAAGUAAAACAGUUACAAAUCAAAAUACCGAAUUAAAAAACGAUGAAGUAAAUAAAUAUUCUAGUGACAUUUUGGAAAUAGAUGCCAAUGAAUCUAAUACAACCAAUUAUUCUAGCCAACUUACCUGUACAACAAAAAUAUCUAGAAAUCAAGAAAUCAAUAACACCAUUUAUGACAAAAGUCCUGUCAAUUCGGCCCCUUCUUUAAAAGUGGUGCCACCUCUAUCUCAGGAAAGUAAUAACAAUAAUAAUGCUAAAGAAGUCAAAUCAAAUAAUGGUAGUGUAUUAAAACAAAUAUUAUUCGAUUAUACUAAGCCUUCGAAUGUACUAACGCAAAAAGAGCCUGACUCUCUAUUUAAAGCUCUAAAUAACCAUAGUGUACAAGUAUUUAGAAACGAAAGUCAUUCAGAACAAAAUAGUGAUAUAUCUUUUACUAAAAGCACUUGUGAUUCAGAACCUAGUAAGGUAAUGAACUUAACUACAUUAAAUGAAGACAGGUAUUUAAAACAAGGAGAUUUGGAAAAAGACAAAGUUGUAAUUAACACAAAUAAUCAAAGUGGCAACAUCAAAGUAAAUCAUGAACUUGUAAAACAAAAAUAUGUAGAUCAAUCUACAGAAGUAAAAUUAAGAAGUAAAUUUAAUACCAUAGAAAAUAAAUUGGAUGAAAAUGUACUGAAACAUGUAAUGAUGGGCUCAAAAGACUCCAAUAAGACUGAUAGUGAAAAAUUGUUAGAGUUUGAAAGCAUAUGUAAAAUUAAUUCAGAAUUAAAAAGUAAAAUAAGUAAACAAGAAUCUUUUGGAUCUGUGAAAAAACAGACCAUCGAAGAAAAAUUAAAGAAAGACAUUGAAAAGGCAAAAUUAAAAGAAGAACCAUUGCCUACAACAAAUUUGGUUCAAAAAAGAGUGAAGGAGUUUUCUCAAGAACAUAAUGGUAAUAUUGUAUUUGAUGAUAGUCUUACAGAAAAGGAAACUGAAAUUUAUGAGAAUGGAAAGUUAAAUGAAAAAAAUAAUAAACUUAACGGAACUUCUAAUUUAGUGAAAUCUAGAACAACAAUGUUUUCUGAAGUUGAAAAAGUAGUAAACGAACACAUAUCUGAUAACAGUGUGCUUAAGAAACUGUUAAUACCUAAAGGUAUAAGUAUACAACAAAACGUGAAUGAAAUACAAAUAAAAGAUCUGGUAAACGAAAAAAUAGAUCUAUCUAGUGACAUAUUAAUUCCUGUCCAAAUUGAAAAAUCUCCAACCCAGCUAAAAACAAAUAAAGAGGUUAUUAUACCAGUAGAACUAGAACAAGAAGUUCAAACUGAAACUAAAUUUGAUAAACCAAAGCUAAAAAAUGAAGAUAUAAUACGACCACUAUCGCAAAAUUCGUAUAUAGAAAAAUGUAAUACUAACACAGGAUAUAAUAUUGAUACUAGAUAUAAAAAGUUUAAAGAAACCAGUAAAUCUCUAGAAGAUCUUUCACUAAUUAGCAAAUGCAUUGAAGAAAAUAAUAGACUACCCAUAAAUAGUAAUAAAAAUAAUAAUGUGCUGUCUCCAAGAUCAGAAAAUACAAAAUUUGUUCAAACUAAAGAAACAAUAAUUCCUGUUCAAACUGAACCAACCUUGAAUCAACAAAAAAAUAAAAACGAAAUUAUGAUACCAAUAAAAUUGGAACAGGAGUCUAAAGCUCAAAGUGAUCUUAAUAAUCAGUUACAUAAAGAAAACAAAAUUCCGUCAAUAUUUGAAAAUAAUUAUUGUACUCAGAAAUGUAAUAAUCACGUCGAGAAGGAUCUUGAUAUCGGAUAUAAACAUUUUAAAAAUGUCAGUAAAUCAGUGGAGAACCUUUCAACAAGUAAUAAAUAUUUGGAGGAAAGUAAUAAAUUAACACGAAAAUAUGUCUCAAAUCAAAAUAUAGCAAAUGACACCGAUGCAACUAAAAAAUGCGUAAAGGAAGUUAUUAUACCAAUUAAAAUAGAAGAACCAGUAAAACAAAUAAACACCGACCAAUGUAAUGGUAGUAUUAGAUGCAAAGAAACUAUUAUACCGAUAACAACUGAAACAAACAUAGAUAAAAAUCGACAAGAAGGAAAUAGAAAGAAUAUACAAACUAAAGAAUAUAUAAUACCUAUUAAAACUGAAAAUAAUUUAGAGAAAGAUAAAAACCUGCCAAUAAAAACUGGAAAAGAUUCAACCACAAAAUUGCCAAAGGAAGAAGUUCUCGCCGCUACAAAAACCGAAAUUAAAACUUCGAUUGAAACUAAAUUUAAUAAAGAAAAAACAGAUACAAAAGAAAUUAUAGUUCCUAUUUAUAUAGAAGAACCCACUAAGGCUGAUGCUGUUGUGCCAUCAGAUGAUAAUUAUAAACCUUCUAAAAAUAUUACAAAAAGUCAGAAUGAUGAAAGUAUUCCUGAAAAUAAUGAAACCAUACACGACAAUAUUUUAAGUCCUCCACGUAGGGAUUCGGUAAGCAGCGACAGCUCAGGUGAAAGUUCCAGAUGUACCGCAAAAUACAAUCCUACAUCUUCUAUUGGAGACGUAAGUUCUAUAACAAAAGACGAAGAAAGCGAUGAGGUCAAACGUUAUUACGAACCGUUACCGCUAAGAAGUCUCGUUUUGAAUUUCUUAAUAUCUCAACCCUUUGGAGAAGAGAUUCUUAAAGAAUUGGCGGAGGUAUCAAAAUCUAUUGAAAAUUAUACUAACAAACUACCUUUCAUUUUCAAUCAUUCGGAAAUUUAUGAUAAAGGUAACAAUGUUUCAGUCAUGCCUAGUAGAUGGUAUACUCAGAAGGAUCUUCAUCACAACGAGAAUCAGGAGAAUAACAGAAAAUAUGUAGAGCACCAAGAACAUUUCUAUAUGCGAAGAACCAACGACGAAGGUGAUCGGGAUGAAUAUUCACGCGAAAAUGAAGUUAUGAGUCCAAACAGACUUUUGACCAUAAUAAAAGAAGAAUCUAGCGAAGCCGAAUCUUCUCGUGAGUUCGAGCCUUUCGAAGACGAUUCUCGCAAAAGACUACAAGCUAAAAACUUAAGCGAAUGGCUGACAUUGGCCAGAAAUAAGAGUAAGAGCACUUCGCAUCUCGACUCGAUCAGCAUACCUAUAAAUAGCCUACGCCGAACGUUUAGCGGCCGCGAACAGCUGAAACAUUCAAACGCCCGCCGUAAUUCUUUACCGCAAGAAAUUUACGAACGCCAACUACGACAAAUCAUGGAGAAAGAGAUGGAGAUCCAGCGCGAAUUGGAGAAAUUGGAAGACGAAAAACGUAAAAUUCAGGCUGAACUCGCGCCGAGCAAACAGAAGGAAUUCCAAGUAGACGAUUUCUAUGUAUCGAAAAAAGGAGAUUUUGCUGAAAUUCGGGAAGAGAACGAACCAAAGACCAGGCCGGCUUCCAUGCCGGUGUUUCCAACGGAAUUCUUCAGGCAACAAAUGUACGACGAGUACAUGAACAAGUUCACCGAAAGACAGGAAAGAAAGCAGCAAAAAGUCAUCAAGAUUUCCUCCAGCAAUGAUCUCAAAGAGAACGAUGAACCGCUGGCCAAAGAAAUAAUUCACCCCAUCGAGCUAGAGCAAGAAUUCAUGGAUAAAGUUAAGGCAAAGCAUCUCGGUCGAAGUAGGGAUAACAGUAAGCCCCGUGAAUCUCAUAAAGAACCAAACAAUUCCGUCAAUAAAAGAAACAUUAGUGAUAACCCAACUAGUGACGAAAAUGAUGAACCACCUGUUAUUGUUCUGGAUCGAGAUCAAGUCAAAACUGUGGACGCACUACCCAAACACCUACAAGAAUUCGUCGAUGAAAUAUCCAGUUACCAGGAUGACAGUAUCUGGUCACCGGGCCAAUCCCGUUAUCCCCCUACGCCCCCUCUGAAAGGCAUCCUCAGGACCGACUCGCAAACCUUCCACAACCAAAGGGAUGAACCGGUGUCGCCGGUAUGGACACCAAAAAGUGCCACUUCUAGUCCAACGGCCGACAGGAAAGAAUUCAGGCCCGUCAAUUUUCAAUCUCCGGUGUUGAGUAGGAAAAGCAGAACGCAAUCGGACAAUAUAGCCACGCCAGAUUCAUCAUCAUCCGAACCACCUUGGAGGUUGCCUGAAGGUAGCAGUGACACAGCCAUCAAUUUGUCCUCGACCUUGGAUAGAAGAUUGCCGACCAGUCAAUCGUCCCCUGGAUUUGGAAGCUUUUCCACAACUCCACGUUUGCCCAGGGUACAGAAUCCGACAAUCACACUAUUACAAAAAGCCAGAGAAGGGCAAUUGCCGAGAGGGGCCCAUUAUAUCGACCAAGACAGAAAACUGCCUAACGAUAGGCCACCUAUCAAAUACCCUGGUGAAGUAUUAUAUCACAUCAAAAACGAAUAUACGAGCGAAUCAGACAGCGAGAGACCGAGAAAAAUGGCGGAUUUGGCGCCGAGAAAAUUCGAAGGAAUCGGACCCACAACCAAAGACGGAAUGCCCCUCAUACUACGAUCGGAAGUGAAAGACAAGGACCAAUCUAAAUGGUACAAGAGGAUGUACGACACCAUUCAUAAACAGAAACCCCAUAGAGAUGAAUACGUCACCAUCAAGUACAAACAGAAAAGAGCACAGUAUCCUUAUACUUCUGGAUAUCUAUCGGAACCAGAACCUGGUGCCUACGACAGUGAUUUUACCGAGUACAAAUAUGCCACUCUAGAUCGUAGACGACCUCCCACAUCCCAGGAAUAUUUGAAUACUUCAACGACAAUGCCUCGAAACGUACCUGAUAAAUCAUACUCAUCAUCUGAUAUUGUAAAAAAUACUCCACCUUCGUACAAAAUACAGCCAGGAAGAAUAGAAAAUUAUAAGCCCGGACACUCUUCCAUAUCAGACAAAGAAGCCAAAAAGUGGUGGGACGAGGUCAUGGACAUUUUUGACGGGUGGUUAGACGACCAUUCGGCGUUGCCAAGUUACGAAGUUAUGUUCGCGACGGCAAUUACUCACUCACAUCUUGAACAACAAAGCAGAGUGCCAACACAAAAGCCACGGAGUUUUAUUAACCAAGCUUUAAAAGAAUCUGGCUAUGAGAGCGACUCGACGCUAGUCUUCAAACGAAAGGAAGAUACGGCCAAGCAAGUAAAUCCAAGAGAACAAAGAGAAGCGUACAAGAUAAUUCAGCAAGGCGGCGAUGUUCCCUUUCAAGGGUUAAGAAAACCUGCUCCAGAAAGACCUAAAGAGCCAGAUAUACCCCCACCACCCGCAUUGCCAACACACCUGGGAGGAGUACAGAGGCAAGAUCAAGAAUCUCCAAGGAAGUACGUCGAAAACGAAGUGACCAUCCAUUACAAAACACCGGUGCGUACCGAAAUCAAGGAGUAUGUUUCGGAGGACGAGCUGGCCCAUCGUCAAGCCGAGGCAAUGAGAAAAAUCUACGAAGAAGAAAAAAGGCGAAAACACCUGCAGGUGAACACAGAUGUUCAAGAGCUUCAAGACAUGAAAUCGAGGAGGCAUACAGACAAUUUUAUUCCGUCUCAGAAAUCUCCAAUAUCACUCAACAGAUAUGACGACUUCGAAGAACUAGCAUCUAAUACCAAAACCCGCCCAAGAUCACCUGAACCUAGAUUAGUAGCGAAAGCAUUAUACAAUUUCGUCGGACAUACAGCUAGAGAACUAACAUUUAGAAAAGGAGAUCUGAUUUAUCUUAGAAGGCAGGUCGAUAAAAAUUGGUACGAGGGUGAACUAAAUGCUAUGAUCGGACUGUUUCCAGUUAACUACGUUGAAAUUGUUCCUUACGAAGGUGCCAAAACCACACCGAGGAAAGCGCACGAAGGCCAAGCUAGAGCUAAAUAUAACUUCUUAGCUCAGACUCACUUAGAACUGUCACUAGCCAAAGGAGAGUUGGUCACCAUCACCCGAAAAGUGGAUGAUAACUGGUUUGAAGGAAAAAUUGGAGGAAGAAAAGGAAUAUUUCCAGUUUCUUACGUAGAGGUAUUAAUUGAUCCAAGUGAACCACCACCACCAAGCACGAAACCCGUGGCAUCUCCAGCAGCUCAUUCUCUUUUAUUGAAUGGAUCCUCACAAGGAAAAGAAUCCAUGGGAAGCCAUCUGUACACUCCAAACCUCCCUAAUCCUUUGACUGUACGUGAGGGUGGAUUUCAUCACGCGAAACCCGUUCAGCUAACUGGAUCCGGAACAUAUUCUACGUUACCAAAGUCUUCCAGAAAUCCUUUGGACCAAACGUUGCAUAUAGAAACGCAUUCGGAACCCAUACCAUACCGAGCUCUCUAUAAGUAUACGCCCCAAAAUGACGACGAGCUCGAACUCCUAGAGGGCGACACUGUCUACGUCCUUGAGAAAUGCGACGACGGGUGGUACGUCGGUUCUAGCGAGAGGACGGGGGCCUUCGGUACUUUCCCCGGCAACUACGUCGAAAAAAUAUAGCGUAGGAUUUUUGACUUAGAUAGAAUAUAGAUUUAACUGCUGAUCUACUACAUGUAGUACAAAAAAUCGAAGAUAAUUUUAAUUAUAUGUAUAACUACCUAGCUAACAUGGAAUCGAGAAUCUGAAAUAGAUGUUAAUUUCACGUUAGUGAUGUUAAUUUUAUAAUUAUUUUUGACAAAUAAUAAAAUAUAUUAAUUCUUGUUUUCUGGAUAUAUCUCUAGUCAUGUUAGCAUCAAUAGCAGAUUAUAUAAAUUCAACUAAAAAACGUAGCUUUAAUGACCAGCUGAUGUUGAUUGAAGUACAAACAAAGAAAUAAAAGUAUAUCUUUUAUUAAGAUCAAAUUUUCAAUACGAGAUUUUUUUUUUGCAAUAAUAUUCUGGAAAUUCUUUAUUCCUGGUUCAUUAAUAAAAUGUUCAUUAACCUAAAUUUUUUAUUAUUUAAAUUUUAUGGAUUUUAUCAAUUUUUGAAAAUCUGUGAGACGCCAUCGUGUAAGCUUGGACAUUUAUACUAAUUUAUUAUAAAUUAUUUAAAGAUUUCAACACAUUCAACCUAAAUCACACUAAUUUAAUAAAUCAAAAUAAAAAAAAUAAAAAAUAUUUUCGAUUUUUUUGCUAUUUGUUAGAUUCGCAAAUUAUUGAAAAGUAGCAGUAAGAUUUUAACUCGUUCACAAACCAAUAACAUUAGAAGAUAUUAUAUCUAACAGAUAUAAAACACCUAACGACAUUUUUUUAAACUAAAUUUGUAACAUAAAUGAGUGCCUGUAUCGUAGGAAGGUAGAUGUUACUAACUACCACUGGAAUUUUAUAAAUUUCCACAAGAAAACGCGGAAAAUUAGGCAACAAUCCGGAACAUAUAAAACUACAUAACCGAGCUAACAAUAGAGUCAUUGCCAUAAGACGUUAUUGAAGUAAUCGCGCAAAAGUUACUUGAAUUCGUCCAAAAAAAAUAUAUUACAAUAUAUUGACAGCUAUGUUUAUUCCUGGUCAAAAUAUUGUAAUUAUACUAUAUAGCCUGUAAGACUACAAUUAGCAAUAGCAAAACUAAACGAAUAUAGUCCAUAAUGAAACAUAGUUGCUAAUUUUCGUAUAAAAUUAUUUAUUAUUGUUCACUCUCGUUAAUUUUAAUUUAUAUCGAUCACCCCGUAUAGCCUUCCUAUAGCUUUAUACCAAUAAA